AUGGCAUCUAACAUCACAUGGCAUCCCUCUCUCUCGCGCAAGGAGCGCAAUGACCUCCGCGGCCAACGUGGCUUCACCAUGUGGCUGACCGGUCUCUCCGCCUCCGGCAAGUCUACGGUUGCCACUGCUUUGGAGCAGCAUCUGCUGCACCUGGGAGUUGCUGCUUAUCGUUUGGAUGGCGACAACGUCCGCUUUGGCCUCAACAAGGACCUCGGGUUCUCCGAGAAGGACCGCAAUGAGAAUAUCCGGCGCAUAGCAGAGGUUGCCAAACUAUUUGCCGAUUCUUCAAUGGUUGCUAUCACCUCCUUUAUCUCCCCCUACCGCGCCGACCGCCAAUUAGCGCGCGAGCUGCACUCCCAGGCCGGCCAGAACAACGACGAUGCUAUUCCCUUCAUUGAGAUAUUUGUCGAUGUUCCCCUCGAGGUUGCCGAGCAGCGCGACCCGAAGGGUCUUUACAAAAAGGCAAGAGCCGGAGAAAUCAAGGACUUCACUGGAAUUUCUGCCCCCUACGAGGAGCCUCUUGACCCUGAGAUCAUUAUCAGAACCGACAAAUACAGUGUUGAGCAGUGCGUGGCACAGAUUGCCAACUGGUUGAUCAAGGAAGGUCUUAUUUCCACGAGCAAAACAGCAUAA